AUGUGCAAAUACUGUUUCCUCGGCAAAGAGUGCAUUGACGCUCUCGUCAGAAGGGCUGGGCCCAAGGUCCAAAUGCGAUCGUUCUCGCAGUCCUACGCCUCCUCCCGCACCAUUGCACGACCGGCCGCAACGAAGCUCGCAACUCCGACACCAGCGGAAUCGGUUGCGAAGAGCACGAGAUAG